AUGAUUUCUCCAGAAUCUACAGAAGUACAAAACGAUACGGAUCUAACUACUCGAACGAAUACAACAAGAGUUUAUAAAGUUUAUCCAAGACGUUUUGCUAUAUUGGCUAUUUUUUGUAUAUGUUCAUUAUCAAGUGGUUUUCAAUGGAUUGAAUAUGUUAUUAUACAGAAUAUAAUUGUUCGAUAUUAUAAUGAGAGUUUACCUGAAAGUUAUGAAGCAAAAAAUAAUGCUGUCACAUGGACUAGUCUUUUAUACAUGGUUACUUAUAUUCCAUUAAUGUUUCCAGCAAUGUGGUUGUUGGAUCGUCAGGGAAUGAAAAUAACAUGUUCAACAGGAGCUUUUCUUAAUAGCCUUGGUGCAUUUAUCAAAUGUUUUAGUGUAGGAACAAAUCGUUGGUGGGUUGCAUUUACUGGACAAAUAAUUUGUGCAUGUGCACAAUCAUUUACAUUAGGAAUUCCACCAUAUUUAGCUGCUACUUGGUUUGGUAGUAAUAGUGUAUCAACAGUAACAGCCAUUGCCGUUGGUAUUGCACUUGGAUUUUUGAUACCCAGUAGAUUGGUACCUGAUGUAGAAGAUCUUGUUUUGAUUGGACAACGUUUAAGAAUAUUAUAUUAUAUUGUAGCUUUUGUUUGCAUUUCUUGUUUUGUUGCUAUGACCAUUGUCUUUCGGCGUCUCCCUCCAACACCGCCAUCGCGAGCACAAGAAAUAGCUCUUCAUAGUUCUGAACAAAAUUAUUUACAAACAUUGAAACGUUUAUUAACUAAUCGAUGGUUUCUUCUAUUGUUACUUUCUUAUGGUUUUUAUUUUUCUAUGAAAAAUUUCUUUUUUUCCAAAAUUCAAUCUUUUAUUUUUGUUUUUGUAGGUCUUAAUACCGGUACUUUCUAUUCUAUAUCAACACUUUUAAAUCCUGUUUAUAUGUGGUAUUUUGAUAAAAAAACUGAGCGAGCUAGUGAAUAUGCUGGUACUAUAGGUAUGCUGUUGGUGGUUGGUGGCAUUUUUGGUAGUCUUAUUGGUGGCUAUAUUUUGGAUAAGUCAAAGGCAUACAAAGCAGUAACUUUUGGUGUUUAUGUUCUUUCAUUUUUAUCUAUGGUAUUGUUUACAGCAACUAUACGUUUACAUGAAUAUGUUGCUUUUGUUACAAUGACAAUAGUUGGGUAA